AUGGCGAGCAUCGACAGAUACCGCCCGCCGGGGCGCGAGUCCUACCAGCCUCCCACCAGGCCCGUCAACGCCGCCAACACCAGUUCGCACUCGUCCAGGCCGUCCAAGUCGCCCUCCAAACGCCAGCGCGACGUGCCGCCCGCCGUCCCCUCGCCGCCCACCCUCGCCAGCUAUCCCGCCCGCGUCUCGCCUCCCCGCCAGCAGUCGUCGCAAUCCUCCUCGCGCCGCACCCCGGCCCACGGCUCGUCCGCCGCCGUCGAUGGCCGGGACCCCAAGAGGCAGUGGUUCUUCACCCAGGACGAGGUCAACAGCAGCCCGAGCAUCGUCGACGGACUGCCCCCGGCCGAGGAGCGACUGCGGCGUGCGAAGGGUGUUAAUUUCAUCUACCAGGCCGGCGUCCUCCUCGACUUGCCCCAGAUCACCCUCUACGUCGCUGGUGUUUUCUUCCAUCGCUUCUACAUGCGCAUGAGCAUGGUCGAGGAGAAGGGUGGCAUCCAUCACUAUGUAAGUUGCGCUCUGCCCGGCCGAUGCACUUCCUUGCGCCAUUCCGCCGCUGACCUCGGGCCGCUUCAGAACAUAGCAGCAACAGCCCUCUUCCUGGCCAACAAGACCGAGGAGAACUGUCGCAAGACAAAAGACAUCAUCAUUGCCGUCGCCCGCGUCGCCCAGAAGAACGCAAAGCUCAUCAUUGACGAACAGUCCAAGGAGUACUGGCGGUGGCGCGACAGUAUCCUCCACAACGAGGAGAUCAUGUUGGAGAAGCUAACCUUUGACCUGACGGUUGACAACCCCCACCACCAGCUCUACAAGAUCCUCGAGAACAUCGGUUGCAUCCACAACAAGCAUCUUAGGCAUGCUGCUUGGGCCUUCUGCAACGACUCUUGUCUUACGACGCUCCCGCUGCUCAUGGAUGCGCGGGACAUCGCCAUUGGUAGCGUCUUCUUCUCUAGCGUUUUCACCAGUCAGCCUAUCGAAGACGUCAGCGGCAAGCCCUGGUGGGUUUACCUAGACGGCGAUGAGACGCGGAUCUGCAGGGCGGUCGAGGUGAUUCGCGAAUUCUACACCGAGAACCCGCUGAGGAAGCAGGAGAAUCCCUAUCAAGGAAGCCCCGAGUUCAGCCUGGAGAACAGCCGUAAGAACGGCGACGGCUCGAGUGCCGAUCCAACUCCCUCGGCAGACUGGGACACCCAGAGCCCCAAGGUUCGCGUUAACGGCACCGAUGCUACGGGCGAUAGUAAGGAUCAGGACCCGGAUGCGAUCUCGGCUGCUGCGGAAGAAGCCUCGCAGGCGCCAGGUGAUUCGGACGCUGCGUUGAAGGAGGCGGCAAAUGAUCUCGCCACUCACCCUCUCAACAACGGCCAUGACACCGGUCUGAUUAGCCCUGGUAAGAGAAGGGACUUCGACUCGUUGUCGUCUGACAACCGCGAGACCAAGAGGCAGCGCAUGAGCAGCGAUGACGAGGGCGAGGUCAUUGAAUAG